GAAACCUCGGUUUGUCUCCAUUACUUAAAAGCUUUCUUCUUUGAGCACCAAGUGUGAUCGAUGGGAAGGGGUAAGAUUGUGAUAAGGAGGAUUGACAAUUCGACAAGCCGCCAAGUGACGUUUUCGAAGCGGAGGAACGGGCUGCUGAAGAAGGCCAAGGAGCUGGCGAUCUUAUGCGACGCGGAGGUCGGAGUUAUGAUCUUCUCCAGCACCGGCAAGCUCUAUGAUUUUGCAAGCACCAGCAUAAAAUCAGUAAUUGAACGAUACAACAAAGCGAAAGAGGAGCACCAUCAAUUUGGAAAUCCAACUUCUGAGAUUAAGUUAUGGCAAAGGGAGGCAGCAAUGUUGAGGCAACAACUUCAAAACUUGCAGGAAAACCAUAGGCAAAUGAUGGGCGAAGAGCUUUCUGGCCUCAGUGUUAAAGAUUUACAGAAUCUGGAGAACCAAUUGGAAAUGAGUCUUCGGGGUGUCCGAAUGAAAAAGGAUCAACUUUUAAUGGAUGAAAUACAAGAACUAAACAGAAAGGGGAACCUCAUUCACCAAGAAAAUGUCGAGCUGUAUAAGAAGGUAUAUGGAACAAGGGAUGUAACUGGAGCAAAUAGAAAUCCCCUUCUGACAAAUGGUCUAGGUAUUGGAGAGGACUCACAUGGACCUGUCCAACUCCAGCUUAGCCAGCCACAGCAGCAAAACUGCGAGACAACAGCAAGAGCUACAAAGCUGGGGUAUACCUCCCUUCCUAAAACUCCAUCAUCCAUUAUGAUUACCAUUUUUAAUUUGCCAAAUGUUGAUUAA